AGAAGGGGUGUUCUACGACAAACUCGACUUAGAGACAGUGACCUCCUCCUGACACACUCCCUGGCCUGGGCGACUUCGAUGCUACUGCCGGCACUGUCAGGUUUGGCUACGAGUUGUGUGUUGGCACCCGUGGGCCUGGCCCCAGGAACACCAACAAUUCCCUCCUGCUGAACUUUGGAAGAUCCAGGAGGUGAUCAUUAAUUGCAACUCCCACUGCGUGACCUGACCAUGGCGCUGCCUACGGAUAUGUUGUGCAUUGUGUUAACUGGGGGUCGUGGCGGCAUGGUUCACCUCCAUCAGUCAACCAUUUACCAGGCAGGAAGUUACUUGUUGUCGGCUGUGUUGGUGUCAUGCAGUUUCUUCCUUUAUUCUCCUGUUUUCUAUUAUAUUCCGAAUCUUGUCAUUUCCUCCACUGCAUGAAUAUUGUACACAUGUUUCUUGUAUUCUUGUAAAUCACGAUAUGUCUUGCCUAUUAGUUAACCUUAUUUUUAUCAAACAUUCAUCAUUGUUCUCGUUUUGUUGGUUGUAAGGAAAAAAUCGACGUUCCUUAAGAUAUGUUCUGAUUUUCGUAAAUUGAAAUGAUUGUCGCACAUUAGGGAACACUCGGUAUUAUAGGACAAUAGUUUCUCAAAUCACCUAUUUCUAAAGGUCAAAGAGGGGAUCAAUCGGGUUCUAAUGAGCGUUUCUUUAGGUCCAUGAUACAGAAGAAGGGUUAAACUAUCACGAGGGUCAUAAAACUACUCUUGGAAAUGUCCCAAACUCCUACGAAAGCCUUGUCAAAUAUGUGAACUUGGGCGACGACACGUUUAGCAAUAUGGCCCACUGCCACAAACAAAUAAAACGACAUUCAGUUACAUAUAUCAUCAAAACAGUGAAUUAUUGAUAUUUUGUGAGUUAAAAUGAGAAAUCGACGUUCGUAAAGCUCCUCUGGUUAUCGUAGAUUAAAAUAGUUGUCGCACAUCGGGGGUCGCGGUGUCAUGGCGUCUUCUUCAUCUUCUUCUUUUGAGCUGUUCCGCUUUGAAUCGCUUCUUAGAUCCUCCUUGAUACUCCUUCACACUUAAAUACUUCACUACGCACUCUUCAUUAAUUCACUGCGUACACUUAUAAACCUCGUGCUGCACUGAGAUAUGUUUUCCGUACACUUUGCUUUUCUAUUUUCUUUUCUUUUGUUGUCUUCACUUUGGCUUACUCUAGACUAUUCUUUUCACAUUUCUCUUUUCUAUUCUUUUGUUUGUUUCCACCAUUACACUUUUCUUUACAGUCCUUCAUGCAUAGAUCCGUCCUUAUUAUCGUACUAAAAAAUAAUCAUCGCACAUCGGGGGUCGCGGUGUCAUGGCGUCUGUGGCCUCCCGAGGUAAACAAACCCUGGCAGCGUCCCUCCGCGGGGGUGCGAGGCGCUAAUUUUACCUUGUUUCCCUUCUUGCCUGUGUGUGUGGGAGCCGCGGGGAGGACAGAAAGACGCCGCGCUCUAUUCUGACCUGCCACAGCUGCCGCCGCCAUGACGGCCACGGAACAGAAUGCUGUCAACAAGACGUGGGAGCUGUCGCUGUACGAGCUCCACCGCAUGCCGCAGGAGGCCAUCACAGACAACACAGAGAUCGCCGUGUCACCGCGCUCCCUGCACUCGGAGCUCAUGUGCCCCAUCUGCCUGGACAUGCUCAAGAACACCAUGACCACCAAGGAGUGUCUGCACCGCUUCUGUCAGGAGUGCAUCAUCACAGCGCUACGGUCGGGCAACAAGGAGUGCCCAACAUGCCGCAAGAAGCUCGUGUCAAAGCGCUCGCUGCGGCCAGACCCGAACUUCGACACGCUCAUCAGUAAGAUCUACCCGAGCCGCGACGAGUACGAGCAGCACCAGGAGCGCGUCAUCGCCAAGCUCAACAAGAACCACAAUCACGCGUCCCUCAUCACGUCCAUCGAGGAGGGCAUCAAGCUGCAGAUACAGAGCCGACAAAAGAACCGGAAAGCCCUGCAGGAGGACGGCGCCACCCCCACCCCCUCCGCCCCCUCCACCCCGACCCCCAGCGAGGCACAGAGCACGCCCGCCACCACGCCCACCACGGCAGGGAACACCACCACCACCACGGCAGCCACGCCCACCCCGCAGCCCCCGCCCAACUCCUCCUCCCUCGGCCCCAAGUUAAAGAAGCCGAGACGGACCUCAGAGAACGAGUCCGGCCCGGGGUCCAGCAACGACGGGAACCCGGGGGAGGGGGAGGAGGGGGGCCCGAACGAGGGGGGUGAGAUUGAGCUGGUGUUCCGGCCGCACCCGCUGGAGAUGAACGAGGACAAUGAGCUGAUCCGGGAGCUGAAGGACUCGUCAAUCCGCUACAUCAAGACCACCGCCAACGCUACCAUCGAUCACCUCUCCAAGUACCUCGCGAUGAGACUCACGCUGGCCAACCGCACCGGGGAGCUGGAGACAGAGCUCCCCUCGUCACUCAACAACUUCUGCAUCUACAUCGCCCCCACGCCAGACCAGUACAUCGGGGUGGGCGGCUCCCUCACCCUCGAGCAGAUCAACGAGAAGUACUGGCGCGUCAACAAGCCCAUGGAGAUGUUCUACUCCUGGAAGAAAAACUAACGGAGGGAGGGAGGACGCGGGGGUGGAGGGUCGGUUCGUUCGUCCGUUCUAUUUUUUUAGUUGUCUGUCGCAGUGAUUUUUUUUUUGUGUGUGUGGAAGGGAUUGUGUUUGUGUGUGUGUGUGUGUGUGUUUGUGAGGGUGAGAGUAUUCAUAUGUGUGUGUGUAUGCAUAUGAUCAAGAGAGAGAGAGAGAGAGAGAGAGAGAGAGAGAGAGAGAGUACACACAAUAUUCCAAGAUCUGGUAGUAGUGAUUGUAGUAAGGUUGGUUUUAGUAGUAGUAGUAGUAGUAGUAGUAGUUGUAAUAGUAGUAGUAGUGGUGGUUAGGGAUUUCAGAUAUAUUUGUAAACAGAAUGAGUUAAAAUAAAUGAAGAAAAGAAAGAAAUGAAGAGAUAAGAGCAAGAUGUUUCCAAGAGAGAGAAGGAGUGGAUGCUUUUUACGGCAGUGGAAGGAAGCAGCUCGGUGGCAUCACAAGCUGGACACAAAAAGCCCACACAGCACUGUUCCGGCACAAAAAAAAGUAGUCAUUAACCUGGCAGCUGCGGGGAUCGUGUUUCUUCAAGCGAGAAAAAUGAGAAAAAAUCAUCACUCACGCAAACCAUUUCAUAAUAUAUAUCAAUGGAUUUGUGAUCAGAUUAUGCAUCAUUUAUUUUUUGGGGUUUAUAUCAUGGCAAAAAUUUGGCCCAUCGCUGGUACACGGCAAAGCCACAAAUUUGGCCCGUCGCUGCUACCGGGUUAAAGCGAGAAAAAUGAGAAAAAAUCAUCACUUAAGCAAACCAUUUCAUAAUAUAUAUCAAUGGAUUUGUGAUCAGAUUAUGCAUCAUCUAUUUUUUGGGGUUUAUAUCAUGGCAAAAAUUUGGCCCAUCGCUGGUACAUGGGAAAGCCACAAAUUUGGCCCGUCGCUUCUACCGGGUUAAGAGAAGCCAGAAGCCAGGAGAGAAGCCAAUUUUGGGUGGAGAGGUGUCUUGAUGCUUCCCUCUUGAAAGAAGUCAAGUUGUAGGCAGGAGGAAAUACAGACGAGAAGGAAGGUCGGAGGUUAACCCUUAGACGACGGUGGAACUAUAUAUAGACGGUCCAAAAUUAAGUGUCAGUUUUGUAUGGCAGAAAUAAUACAACACUUCCAGAUUGCAGUGGAACCUAUACAUAGACGAUAGUUAAAACAUCCAUUAUGCGGUGUAACUUUAUUUAUGGUACGGUCCUGAGGUUGGCAGUGGCUGUAUAUAGACCAUUCAUUUUGUGGGGAGUUAAUCUUCAAAUACUGCCGCUGCCUAAGGGUUAAGUGUUCUGCAGUGUCCAGCCUCGAGUCCUGUAAUUCCUGUUGAAAGAUGUUGAACAGUGCAGAGUCAUUGGCAUAGGAGUGGAUAAUGUUUGUUAUAGAAAGAUCAUUAAUGAACACUAGAGAGAGUGGGAGAUAGAAUAGAUGCCUGCAGAACACCACUGUUGGUAGGUUUAUAGGUAGAACAGAUACCAUGUACUACAGCAGAUAGAUCAGCCUGGAAGGAAACUGGAGAUGUGUGUGUGUGUGUGUGUGUGUUUUGGUAUUUACACUCAAACAAGUGCUGUGGGGGUGAAUUGUGUGUGUGUGUGUGUGUAUGUGUGUGCUUGGUCGGUACUCUUAGUGGUGUGGCGGUGAGCUGUACCAAGCGCGCUGAGUGGUCUCUUGUCGUCAUCAUCGCCUUUCUCAUCAAUAAAACAUGAAGCUAUUUUAAUCCCAUA